AUGGAAGCUCUACGCAUUACAGUGAUUAUGUUGACGUUAUCGUCGAUUUUGUUCCUUGCAGCGUUGGAUAUGACUAUCAUUGCGACAAUUGCACCAACAGUCUCGGAGCAAUUCGCUUCUCCAACUGGCUAUGUGUGGGCCGGUUCAUCAUACCUGCUGGCUUCUGCCAUAUCGACCCCUUCGCUUGCUAGAUGCAGCGAUGUUUGGGGACGCAAACCAUUGAUACUCGUGGCAGACUCGCUGUUUCUGCUUGGUAGCUUGCUAGCUGCGACGUCUACCUCGAUGGCGAUGUUUCUGGUUGGCAGAGCGAUACAAGGAACCGGUGGGGGAGGCAUCAUUGUCCUGGUUCAGAUCAUCAUCAGCGAUCUCUUCAGUGAAAGGGAUCGAGCUGCAUAUUUAUCUGUGAUCGAGGUUGUUUUCGCUGUUGCUUUGGCUGUCGGUCCUACACUAGGUGGUGUCAUCACAGAACGAGCAUCUUGGAGAUGGGUUUUCUACAUGAAUCUACCAGCUGGAGGCGUUGCCCUGAUCCUAGCAUUCUUCUUCCUAGACAUCCAGACGCCAGCAUUCAAAUUUCUUGAAGGUGUCGCCAUCAUCGACUGGACUGGAAGUCUUCUCAUCACUGUGGGCACCGGACUGUUCCUUGUCGGCCUCGAGUUUGGCGCAGCUGCAUAUCCCUGGGACUCACCGCUUGUUAUCUGUUUGAUCGUGUUCGGAGUUGCGAUUGCAGUCGUCUUCGUGGUGUGGGAGCUAUACUACUCUACCAACCCUCUCAUGCCCAUGAAAGUAUUCACGCAUCGUAGCAGCUGUGCAACACUUAUUGUGUGCUUCAUGCACGGUCUUGUCUCGAUGGCUGGGUCGUACUUCCUCCCACUAUAUUUCCAAUCAGCGCUAGGCGCCUCUCCACUAUCAUCUGGAGUAUACUUCUUACCCACGACGCUCGCUACCUCCAUCGCAUCGAUCCUUGGUGGACUCUACAUCCGAGCCACCGGUAACUAUUUCUUUCCGAUAUUUGUUGGCCUGGUAUUUAUGACCGCUGGAAACGGCAUGUUUGUGGACUUAUCAGCGACAUCUACACUUGCAAAGAUAAUCUUGUACCAAAUUAUUGCAGCUGCGGGUAUCGGACUGAACUACCAGGCGCCCCUGGUUGGCCUCCAAGCGAUGGUGUCUCCAGAUAAUGUUGCGAGCGCAACGGCAACGCUGAAUUUUCUGCGCAAUCUAGCGACUGCUAUCUCGGUUAUUGCUGGUGGUACAAUAUUCCAGAGCCAAAUGAGCAAUAAGCGCGACCGCCUGCAUUCUUUGCUAGGGAACGAAAUGGCGGCACGGUUUUCGGGAGAGAAGGCAGUGUCAAGUAUACCUGCCAUAGCAAGAUUAUCCUCUACGGAGCAGAUUAUCGUACAAGAAGCGUACGCCGAUAGCUUGUCUGUUAUGUGGAUAUUCUAUACAGCUUUGUCGGCGGUGGGGUUAGUAGCUGCGGUGUGCAUAACUCAAUUGAAGCUCAAGAAGGAGCAUGAGCAGAUCUCCACAGGCAUUGACGCUGAGAUGAGGCGAAUAGAUGCAAUAAGAGUAGAACGAGAGGACGGGAAAUCCUGA